AUGCCUCGAGCUUCAAUGCGACAAUGCUACACGUUUGAGAGUCCCGAGGCUGAGGAUUCCUCCUCCUCCUCCACCUGCUCCUCCUCUUUUCCUUUCUCUUUCUCCUCCUCCUCCUCCUCCUCUUCUUCUUGCUACCCUCUGCUUUCAAGUAAUGCAAGCACCCCGGAGGAGGAGGAGGAGGAGGAGGAGGAGGAGGAGGAGGAGGUUCAUGCUGCUGCUGGGACACCAAGUUCUACCCGGAGCUCUCCAAGUGCCUGUGCCUCCCCUACUGCCUUUGCCGCUGAUGCUCCAUUGAGCCAGUCCAGCAGCCAAGAAGAGUAGGUUCCCAGUACCCCCCGGGCCCUGCCAGACACACAGUCCUUGCCCAGAAAAGUGAUUGAUGAUAAGGUAGCUGAUCUGGUGGGGUUCCUGCUCCUGAAGUAUCACACAAAGAAGCUGACCACAAAGGUAGAAAUGCUAAGUAGCAUCAUCAGAGAGCACCAGGACCACUUUGCUGUAAUCUUCAGCGAGGCCUCUGAGUGCAUGCAGCUGGUUUAUGGCAUUGAUGUGAAGGGAGUGGACCCCACCAGCCACACCUAUGUCCUAGGCACCAACCUGGGCCCCACCUAUGAUGGGAUGGUGAGCAAUGAGCACAGUAUGCCCAAGAGUGGCCUUCUGAUACUCAUCCUUAGUAUAAUCUUCUCGGAGGAUGAUUGUGUCCCCGAAGAGAAGAUAUGGGAAGCACUGAAUGCCAUGGGGGUGCAUGCUGGGAUGGAGCAUUGUAUCUUUGGGGAGCCCAGGGAGCUCCUCACCAAAGUUUGGGUGCAGGAACAGUACCUGGAGUACCGGCAGGUGCGCAACAGCGAACCGGCACGGUACGAGUUCCUGUGGGGUCCCAGGGCUCACGCCGAGACCAGCAAGUUGAAAGUCCUGGAGUUUAUGGCCCAGAUCAAUGGGAGUGACCCCAGAUCCUUCCCACACUGGUAUGAGGAGGCUUUGAGAGAGGAGGAACAGAGAGCCCAGGCCAGAAUUAGCCCCACAUAUGAUACUACUGCCAUGGCCAGUGCAAGCUCUUCUGCCAUGUCCAGUAGCUUCUUCUGCCCUCAGUGA